UGUGUCAAAGGUCAUGAAAAUGGCAACGCAGUUUCGAAGAGAAGAUGGUUGACCUCGCAAGUUUUUGUCGUUUUUCCUUCAACCGGCCCAUAUUCUCCACUAUAACCAGACCCGAAACAUACAAUAUCAACUUAUGUGUCCUUAGAAUGUCUAAGGAUGCCGUACUGCGACAGGAAUUAGACGACUUGUCUGAUAUUGUGUACGACCUGAUCAGAGACAUUCGUGACCCAGAGAAGGACAACACACUGGAGGAGCUGGAUGUGGUGUACCAGAGUGGAGUCCAGGUGGAGCCGUGGGGGGAGGGCAAGUUCCACAUCAGCAUAGAGUUCACACCUACUGUACCUCACUGCUCAUUGGCUACUCUCAUAGGUCUUUGCCUCAGAGUAAAACUGGAGAACAAUCUGCCACAACACUACAAGCUGGAUAUCACUGUUAAAGAGGGAACACACUCCACAGGCCCAGAAAUCAACAAGCAGAUAAAUGACAAAGAGAGGAUAGCAGCAGCAAUGGAGAACCCCGAUCUCAGGGCAGUUGUUAAAAGAUGUGUACAGGAUCCAGAGUAGACUGUUAUUCAGGGUAUUUUUGUCAGGGCUCUCUACAGCUGAAAACUUUGAAGAAUGUUUGCCAAAUGUUAAGUACUGAAUAUCCAUCCUGAGCAGCAAAAUUCAAUCCAGGGACAGAAAAAUGCUGAAGAGAGCCCAAUAAAUGUGACAUACAUUGUACAAAGGAAAAUUAUACAGACGUUUCAGAAAUUAUUAUAAAAUAGAAAGUAACAAAAUUACUACAGUAGUACUUGGUGAGUCUACAUAAAUGUGUCAAGAAGCAGUUUCAGGGUUUCAUCUGCACAUGUGCAGCAUGAUGCUAUGUGGGUAGAAGUCAAAGUUGAAAGCCAGGAGACAUUAACAAAACAGAGGGCUGGACAUGGUAUCAGACAGAACAGUUUACAAGUUACAGGUGGGGCCUUUGACCUUGCAUAUUUGCAGUUCAAACUGUUAAUCAGCUUAUACUUGUUGCUCAUGGUUGCAGGCAUGGUGGCUAGGUGCAAUAGUGCUUUUUAUCACAAGCAGAGCAGUAUAUUUAGUAGUGUUGUUUUAAGGUACUUUCCAUUUGUUCCAACCAAGUAAUGUUGAUACGCAUUUUUACCUACACAGUAACACUAUAAAGUGGUUUCUCAUUUGAUAUACAUGUACAGUGGAAUCUUUCAUUGGUUUUAUUAUUGUAAGAUAAGGAUUCCAUAGUAUUAUACAUGUAGAAGAGUUAAAUGUUUAAACAUGUAAACAUUCGCUUUUGGCAGUAUCAUAAAUAAACUAACUUGGUCUGAAAAUCUGUCAAAGGUACAAUUUCAUCCAUGGUGUUCCAUUACUUUGACAUGCAUUGUAACAAGGACAAAAGGCAGUUCUUUUUUUGAUGGCAACUUUUAAUUCCCCAUGACUUAGCAAGAUGUGGAUGCACAUAUUACUGAUGGCACCUCUGAUAGUCAGUGAAAGAUCACUCCCACACAGUGAAGGGUUGGUAACUUCUCACACUGGUUGACUGCAUGGCACACAGGCAUGUUGGACAAUAAGCCGGGUCACGGUUUGACUUGCACAUGUGCAGCACGAUGCAUUCUGGGUACAUGUAAUAUGUCAAAGUUGAAGGCCCCUGGGACAUAUAACACAUCUGAGCAUGUAUCUAAUACGGUCUAGACAAGAACUGUUAGGGACCUUGAUCUUUGACCAAGCGCAUGCACAUUUUAACCAUGGUCUGGCUUAUUGUACAUGUAUGUGGACAGCAUGCCGUUUUACAAAAAAAAGCAAGAUCCCUAAAUUUUUCAUUGACAUUGUGCAGAGUGUAGAAAAACAAGCAAUUCUUUCAUUGUCUACAAUUUUGUCCCAAUUUACAAUUUCUCAAAUGAUUAAAUAAGACAUUACUACUAGUAA